AAAUAUAACUAGGAAUGUACUACACAGCUUUAUUGUCCAUUAUAAUUCGCAAAGUAAACAAACUGGGCGUCGGUGAAAACCGUGCCUAACCAGGGUUUACACGCAACGUCAGCAGUGCAGACAAGGGAGCAAUCGACCGUGAAUGUGUUUCACCAGGAUACAACGCAGCCCCAGCGAAUCAAGCUGGCACCUGGCGAAACCAAUCGUCCUUCCAUAACGUGGAGAGUGAACCGAACUCACAUGUAGGUGAACAACGUUCGUGAGUGCACGUGUUCGAUUGUCAAAAAUCAUGGACGAAGAAAUGAAGACCACUUUCAAGGAUUUUUACGAAGAAAUUGAUCGUUUGUGUUAUUUUCCGGUUAAAUGUUCAAGUUUUGAGCCGGUGGUAGAGAGAAAUGUAGUAGAUUCCGUUCCAGCAGAUGUAAUCAAAGAAACCGACGUAGAUGAACUUAUCGAAUAUUCUAAAAAGUUCGUGGAAAAAAUUAAAAGUGAUAUUCGGAAGGAUUUGAAAAGAUUCGAUGAGCAGGCAGUGCAGUGCUCUAGAACGGAGAACAAACGCAACAAGAAAUUGAACACUCCUCCAAAAUGGACUGCCAAUAGACAGAAGCAGAAGCAAGUGGCUGAAACAAAUCGGGCAACAGCAAUUCGAAUAAUAAAACGCAUUCCAAUGAAUGUAUCAGCAAAAGAUGAAACGAGUAUAAAGGGUUUAGAACAAAAUCAGUUAAACAAUCAAAAACCUGCGCAACAGGUGAAACAAGUUCGGAAUAUUGGAACCAAUGUUAAUAUCAUAAUCCCCUCGAAAGCUUCUAAAAGACAAAAUCUUCUUUCAGUGGAGUCAGUGCCAAGUGUAGCUCAAUCACUGCCGAUCAUCAAAAAAACAGUAACACCGCAGACUGCGGUGAAAAGCUUCAGAUUCUACAAUAGCAAACUUAGUCCGGUACAGAUUUGGGAACAGCAACACCCGGAGUUAGGCUUGCAAAACUCAACUAACAGUUUAUUCCCUAAAAGAGUUAGGAAAAGCGAUAUGGAAGAUUCUAGGACGCAAGAUUCAAAAACGAAAAAUUUGCCUGAAGAACCACGUGAUACUGAAGGUAAAAAAAUUGUCCACUUCACGAAUGAAAUAGCUUCUACACCUGAAGACUGUACAAUUCAAAAUUCGAACCAUUCUCAACCAAAAGAGCAAAACCUGGUUUCCGCCGUCGUGGAACCUGAAUUUCACAAGUCUUCCACUAUUACGAAGCAUGUCAUUCCAACAAUAAGCAUAAAAGGUGACUGGAAAGCAAAUCUACAAAUUCAAGAGAUAUGUAGAAUUAAUAUUUUAGAUGAGAAACCGGUUGAAACUCACAUCAAUAACCCUUCAAACUUAAAAUAUUUAGAGAUCCGUCAUGAGAGUUGCGUUACGAAGCAUACAACGAAAGCUAAUGAUAAUUCUGAUAAGACAACCGAUAACUGUGUUCCACCAGAGAGCAGUACAGCAGUAAAACCUUCGUCCUUCAAGCCGCUAAUUAUCGUGCCAAAAUCUACACUUAAGGAGAACACUUUUUCCCACUCCAACAAAUAUCUUCGACCGUUCGCGAACAUUGGAAAACAGGAUGGACUUCCGAAAUCCAACUUGUUCGAUAGCUUUAUAGAUAGUGAAACUAGCUCAGAGGAGAAUGAAAAUCCAAUAAUAGUGGAAUCAGAUACUAGCGAAAGUAGUGCCCCAAAUGGAAUCGAAAACUUAGACUUGACGUUCCAUCGACAUUCUACACCCACUCGUUUUCCGAGUUCUCUAUCGGCCGUGCCGCGACUUUCGAGCCCCAUAAAAUCACAGUCGCACUUACAGUCUAGAUCCGUUCAAACAGUUCCAACUAUCGUUGCACCGUCAUCUCCACAAAUGCAGCCAGAAAUUGUAGAACCUGACGGUGUUCCAUCCAUGUCUCCGCCUGAAGCAGUUGGUUCAUCAAAGUUUUUGGAAAAUCUCCAAAUUUGGAAGUCUGCCGUUUCGGCGCAGUCGGAAAAUAUGAAACUUGGCAAUCAGCUAUCAAACGAUCUUGAAAAACUGAAGCAAAAUAUGGCGACGAUUGCGGAUGAAUCUCAAAACAUUGCCAAGAUCACUCGUACUUGCGAAGAAAGCUUGAAGCAAAUUAACCAAUUAAAGGAUCGUCACGUAGAAAAUCGACCACCGACAGCACUUUCUAGUGUUCCAUUUGGUACACAUUUUGGACACAGCUCACCAGCAAAUAUCCUUGGCUCAAUGGAAGAAACAGUGCACGAUCACAAACAGUUUCAACGAGCAGUAUUUCAGCAAAGCCCGAAGUACUCGAAAGUGAUCAAGAAGAUUUGCGACGAUGGUCGACAUCAGCGGUUCAAAAAGAGUACGGAUCUCUCAGACAUUGCAGUGGAAAGAGCUGCUAGGAAAUUUCUAGAUUCAUGCCAGCGCUCAAUAAGUAGCUUAAGUUUUAACGAACUUACGACGUCCAGAUCGCAUUCUCCGGAAUCAAACCAUUCUUGGAAUGAUACGUUCCAAUCAAGCAGUGGGUCCUUUUCAGAGAACACAACCGGUGUAAGUUCGAGUGCCAAACGUUCGCGUUCGUCCUCUGGACGGAUAGAGGGAACGUUCAACAGUAGCUGCUCCGAUGGUCAACUUAUUCCAGCCACUUCUACAAGGAUCGGGGUUUCAUCGUCGGACGAAGGUGAAGUUUUAAGUCUAGGAGAAGUUAAAUAA